GCAGCGGGGGCGGGGCCCCGGCUCCGGCCCCGGCCCCGGCCCCGGCCCGACCAGCGGCGGCGGCCGGUGCCCGUUGUGCGGGAAGGGCGCGGGAGCACAGGUAACGCGGGGCUUCGCUUGCCGCCUCCGCGCCGCGGGGCCGCCUCCCCCCUCCCGCCGCCGCUAGGGGCCGGCUCGCCUCGCCUCGCCUCGCCUGGAGCAGGAAGCGGCGGCGGGCACGGCCUGGCCGCGCGGAGGGGCCCGCCCGUCCCUCAGCCCCGGCUCCCCGGGCCCGCCGCCUGUCAGCACCGCCGCCGCUGCCUCGCGCUGAGGCGUGACCGCCCGUCCGCCGCACACCCCCGGCCACGGGGCCCUGCCGGCGGCGGCGGCGGCUGGAAACGAUCGUUUUCAUGGAAUGGAGGGGAAAAAACUGAUUUCUGCAACAGACACACAGUAUUCUAGUGUGCUCCUUCAGUCUUUGAAUGAACAACGUGGCCAUGGACUUUUUUGCGAUGUUACUGUCAUUGUGGAGGACCGGAAAUUUCGAGCUCACAGAAACAUCCUUUCGGCUUCAAGCACAUAUUUUCACCAGCUUUUCUCAGUGGCCGGGCAAGUGGUGGAACUGAGCUUUGUAAGAGCAGAAAUUUUUGCAGAAAUUCUUAACUAUAUUUAUAGUUCCAAAAUAAUCAGCAUUCGAUCUGAUUUGCUUGAUGAACUGAUUAAAUCAGGGCAACAGCUGGGUGUUAAAUUCAUAGCCGAUCUGGGCGUGUCUCCGUCUGAAGGAAAAAACAUGCCAAGCAAGGUCAAAAAUGGUGCUUUGGAAACUUCUAGUCCAGGUCAAAAGGAUGCUGAAACGCAAGUACCCGUGAUAAGGCCAGAGAAUCAGGAGAUAACGGAUGGGAUGCCUGUUAUAACACAGUCAUUCUCCUUACAUGGCAUAGAAUACGAGACUACAAAAAUUACAGUGAGUGAUUCAGAUGAUGAUGAUGAUGUAAUUUUUUGCUCUGAGAUUGUUCCUCCAAAAGAAUGUACUAAAGAUACAAAUGCUGCAACACAGAACCAGCCUUGCCCAAGCCCAGCUGGAGUUUCUGACCAAAAACCAUGUGGCAGUGGUGGCUCUCCCCAUUUGGCGAGCACCACAGCAGCUCAAAAACUCUCUUCGUCUGCCAGUCAGCUAAGCCCAAACCAAACACAAUUAAGUGCCGAAUCGCUUCUCUCUGCAACACCGCAGCAUCUGACUCCUAAUAUCAUUGUGCUAAAUAAGCCUCGACUUAACUCAUCGCUCGGUGCCAGCUCCUUGCAUCAAACGCAUGUGACCCCUACAAUUAAUUUAGUUGAGGAUAACCAGCAGCCAUCUAAUAAUGGCUCCUUAACUGAAGUGGAAACCACUGCUGUUGAUGAUGAAGAGGUGGUUGAAGAUGAUGUCGAUAUUAUCAGCUCUUCUAGUCCUGGUUCAGUCAGCAGUAGCUCUUUGGUUCAGCAACCUUCCAUACCCAAGGCAGCAACCGCUGAAGGAUCAGGAGUACAGAAAAAACAGGUGGUUACAUUUUCACAAGAGCCAUUUGCUAAACCUGGAGAAUUUAAAAUAAAAAUCUCAGAUGUCCUUACUGGAAACAAUAAGGAAUUCAGUUCAGGUAUAGCAUCGAAGCAUGCGGCAGAAGGGCAGAAGAUCAUAACAUUAGAUACAGCAACCGAGAUAGAAGGCCUGUCCACAGGCUGUAAGGUUUAUGCAAAUAUCGGUGAGGAUACGUAUGACAUAGUCAUUCCUGUAAAGGGCGAUUCCGAGGAAGGCGAAGCCAAGCUCGAUGAAACGCCUAGAACAUCUGGUGACGAUUCCCCGAACAGGAAACGCAUGAAAGUAAAGCACGAUGACCAUUACGAGCUCAUAGUGGAUGGAAGGGUCUACUACAUUUGUAUUGUGUGUAAGAGGUCUUACGCAUGUCUGACGAGUUUACGGAGACAUUUUAACGUUCAUUCCUGGGAGAAGAAAUAUCCAUGUCGAUACUGCGACAAAGUUUUUCCCCUUGCAGAAUACCGUACAAAGCAUGAAAUUCACCACACUGGUGAGCGAAGGUACCAGUGCUUGACGUGUGGCAAAUCUUUCAUCAACUACCAAAUUACGGCCUCCCACAUAAGAUCAGUUCAUAGCCAAGACCCUUCCGGAGAUACCAAGCUUUAUCGAUUGCAUCCUUGCAGGUCGUUGCAGAUCAGACAGUAUGCAUACAUUACUGAUCACUCCAGCAGCAUACCAGUAAUAAACGAGGGUGGAAUUGUUUAUCGUGUUGGCACAGGGAAGGAUGGCGCUGAAGGGACAACAUCUAAUCCCCCAGCCAAACAAAUUACCUGGGAUGACAUUUUCAUUCCACAGGGAAAUGAAGCAAUUUUUAAACAAAACCCAUCAGAGGGAAGUACUGAAUUUGAGUUUGUAAUACCGGAAUCUUACUGAAACGCAUUAAAUGCUGGAAAAAAGAUUCAGUGCAGAAAUAUUGCAGCUGUUUUAAAAGAACUGUUAAAAUUGCUGUAAAAUCAAAUGUUAAAGUGAAAACAAGUUAACUUGUUCUACCAAGUCAUCAAAUGGUAGUACUUAGAUGGAUCGUUAGUAGCUGCGAGUUGUGGAAGUGAUUCAUCUGAAAGUUUACUUGAAUAGAGAAUAAGACAUUUCCAAGGAGCUGCCAGUGUUUUCUGGUAUGUUAAUUGUGAUCAAAAUGUGGGAAUUUGUAGCUUGAAAAGGUACAAUUUCUUCUAAAGCGCUAGAAAUCUUUCUUCUAAAGGAAUUGAGGUAUUUCCUGUACCCACACUUACUAUGUAAACCCUUUCUUUCAUGUUAGCACUUUAAUGCUGAAUUGAGUUUAGACGUUAACCAAGAAAACAGUCAGAUUUUUCAUUAUAGCCUCUUGAAUAUUGAACCAUUUAAAAAAAAUACCACAACUUUAAUUUAUUUUUGUGAACAAUGCAUUACUGCAAGGGUUCAAAAUAACCAAUCCAGGACUCUGGAGUAGUGUAUUUUUGAACUAGCAUCUUAGUUACGCUUUUGUAAGUGCUAUGAAUAAUCUGUCUUCAUGCAAAUAGUCCUGCCAACAAGAGACAUUUGGUUAGGGCUAACAUGAACAAAUGUUAUACUUGGCAGUAUGGUGAGCAGAGUAUUCAGUGUCUGGACCUUUAUAUUUUACUCUUUUUGCUUUGGGAAAGAAAAACCAAAACCCACAAAGCUCAAUAGCGACGAAGCUUAAGAGCACUUAGGAGGGAGAUAAUUUUGCCUUUUCAAAGGUUGAGGAAUAACGUUAGGUUUUCUUACUACUGGAAGAGAUGCCAGUAGUUAGUUUGGAAUAAAGUGCUGUUCCUUUUUUUGCUCUGCAAGAAGAAGGGCCUCAGUCUGGUAUUUUUUAAAAAAGUAAUUUUUUUUUUUUAAGCUGAAGGCUUUGACAUUUACUUCUCAAAACUAUGAAAUAUCUAAGCACUGUACUGGUUUGAGCACUGAGACUGCUGAGGAUCUUGUAUGCCUAUUUGGCUUAUCCUUUAAGUGAAACAGGGAUUUGGAUUCCCCCACCCACUCACACACUGCCCCCCCAACCUCCCCCCCUGCCAUUAAUAGGGUGUAGAAGCACGAGGACUAAACCAACAAUCAAAAAAUCCCCUCUUUCCACCAUAAUCCGAAGUAUAAUUUCUCUGCACUUAUGUAGUUGUCAUCUAUUCUCAGUUUUGGUUUCAUUGUAUUUCCUUUUUUUUUUUUUCCUCCUUGCAACUGGCACACGUUGCGGCACAUAGAAGAUUAAUUAGAUGUCCAACUUGAACAGGAAACUGUAGAUCUGAGAAAAACAAACAGCUGUUUAUUGGAGUCAUAGUUUAGCAUUUCAGAUGUAGUGACUUGUUGAAUUUUUGUAAAUGGUAAUAUAAAAACUGCUCAAGUUGUAGAGAUGCCUGAGAAAGAUUGUCGUAUGUAGUACUACUUAGUUAUCGUAAUCUUUCAUUGCUUAAGUUACAGUUACAGCUUUGGGGGUUUUUUUUGUGUGUGUUUUAAGUAAGCAUCUUGAUCCUAUGACCCUCAAGGUUAAGGUUUUAGACAUACAGUACUCUAGACAGAAAGACGUUUAAAUGGUAAAUGGCUCAAAUACAACCGGAGCUACAAAAAAGGGUACCAGGAAUCUGUAUGAGUAGCGAUGGGAGAAAGAGGAGGAGUUGUUUACCUUACGCAUGUAACGCUCAGCACUUCUGUUUCAUAGGCCAAGAACAUGGUACACCUGGUAAUUUUCAGCUCAUGUUACAGACCCCUUUGACUAUAACGGGGUUUGUCUUCAGAUGUGUCGGGUUGGAUGUUACCUGAGAUGGUGUUUCAGCAGUCAAACACGAUCCUCACAAGACAUAUGUACUGAUUGCCUGUAUGAGCACAGGUAGCUCUGGCGUAGCUGGCUGCGUGCUAGAUUCAGACUUCCCAAACUUUUUGACAAGACAAAUACAAUGUUAUUUUUGUUAUUGACAUGACACAUCUGGAAUGAAGCAUACCUUGCAAAGUGUACAUUCAGUAAUAAGGAAACAUGGCUAUCAAUAUUUGCUGCUGAUAUAUUUAAAACCUUAAAUUAAACUGUGCCUAGUAAAGGUCUCUUUUUGGAGGAAAACUGGAAAAUUAGGGCUUUGUAACUAUUUUUGCUAGAAGACUCGUGCUUGCAUGUGUCUCAGGGUCUUCAGUUUUCCUUGGAAGUGAUUUUUUUGAUAUCCAAAGUCCAGAGGUCACGUAAAGCUUUUUUUUUUUAUUAUUUCACUUCCAUUAUUUAUUAGUUCGGACAUAUGUUAAAUCCAUUCUUUUAAAACUUUUUAUGGGGCCAUGAGCUUUUAUAUUUAGAUUUCUGGCUGUUGCACUUAUAUUUGGGGUUUUGUUUGUUUUUGUAAACACUUAGCUUCCAGUUUAACUUAAUGAAAAACCUUAUGUAAAUAUUAAGAAAUUGGCUUUGGGUUAAUGGAAGAAAAAGAUUGAAUCUGAAAAAGCAUUUUUAUAAAAAUUAAAAAUUUCAACAGUAUGGUAGCAAACCUCACAGUCAUUUAUAUGCAUCUAAAAACGUAAACGGAUCUGCUGCAAAAUACGGUAACGGUGGGUGCAUCCUCACUGUAUGGUUUCUUUGGGGAUCCAUGCCAUAGCAUUCCAGUAUGUGAAUUGAAAAAAUAUUGAGUAACAAUUGACUGCUUAUUUAUUUUGUACUGUUAAGGCAUGCAGCUUAUAAAAAGAUGCAGAAGCUGACGACUAUAUACAUUGACCGCUGGCUCCUACAGCUAUCGCCUAGGAACUGUUCCGUGUGAAACGUUGAUCAUUUUUGCCAGAUCUGUGAUGUAUAUAGUUGUACAGUCUUUCCUUAACAUACUUUUUAAAGUUCUGUUCUACUUCUCAUUAAUCAAUACUUGAUAUUAGUUCUUAGGGCUUUCUAUGGCGAAAAUAAAAAAGUUUAAUUCUAAA